GGAAGCGGAAGUGGAGGGUGCGCUUGGCGGCGGCGGCGGGAGCUGCGGAGUCGGGAAUCAAAACAAAGGGCCUGGGGGGGCGGGGGGAAGGCAGCGGGGCCGGAAUGUGAGCCUAAGUGGAACAGGCGGCUGAGGGUGGAAGAAUGAAAGAAAAGGAGGAUGAAAGAAUGUUGAACCACUUUGUAUGGCUGUAUGAUGGAAGGAAACGGAACUGAGAACCCCUGCAGUAGAACACUUGGAUGGCUUCAACAAGAUAACGAUGCUAAGCCAUGGCUUUGGAAAUUCUCUAAUUGCUUUUCUCGUCCUGAACAGACAUUGCCACUUAGCCCCCAAACGAAAGAGUACAUGGAGAACAAGAAAGUUGGUGUGGAAUUAAAGGAUGUACCAUCUCCCCUUCAUGCUGGCUCUAAACUUUUUCCAGCAGUCCCACUGCCUGAUAUUCAUUCUCUUCAGCAACCUAAAAUACAGCUUUCAACUGCCCCCAAAGUAAGCUGCUGUGCUCAUUGCCCUAAUGAACCCUCCACUUCACCAUUGCAUUUUGGUGGUGGUGGUGGUGGCAGUGGUGGAGGUACUGGUAGCUUGAUACAUCCAGGCGCACGCUUAGACUCACAAAGCACCAGGACAGUCACAUGUCAGGUAGGGUCAGGGUUUGCUUUCCAGUCUGCGUCUUCGUUCCAGAAUGCAUCAGCUAGAAACAGUUUGGCAGGCAUUGCAAGUGACUUCCCCAGCAUGUGUCUAGAGAGUAAUAUAUCUUCUUGCAAACACCUGCCCUGUUGUGGAAAACUCCAUUUCCAGUCAUGUCACAGUAAUGUGCACAAGCUGCAUCAGUUUCCAACUCUCCAGGGCUGCACCUCCACUGGCUAUUUCCCCUGUUCUGAUUUCACAAGUGGGGCUCCAGGGCAUUUGGAAGAGCACAUUUCACAGUCGGAGCUAACGCCUCACUUGUGCACCAACUCUUUGCACCUAAAUGUGGUACCUCCGGUUUGUUUAAAGGGCUCACUUUACUGCGAAGACUGUCUAAACAAGCCGGCAAGAAAUAGUAUAACUGAUGCUGCUAAAGUCUGGCCAAAUAUACCACCUCCAAAUACUCAACCUGCACCUCUUGCUAUCCCUCUGUGUAAUGGCUGUGGAACCAAAGGAACAGGAAAGGAGACUACGUUGUUACUGGCAGCCAGUCUAGGCAAAGCUGCUUCGAAAUUUGGAUCACCAGAAGUUGCACUAGCCGGACAGGUGCUAGAAAAUCUACCCCCCAUUGGAGUUUUUUGGGAUAUUGAAAACUGCUCAGUUCCUUCUGGUCGGUCAGCCACUACUGUUGUACAAAGAAUCCGUGAAAAGUUUUUUAAAGGCCACAGAGAAGCAGAGUUCAUCUGUGUGUGUGACAUCAGUAAAGAAAACAAAGAAGUGAUUCAAGAGCUGAAUAAUUGCCAGGUAACCGUUGCUCACAUCAAUGCUACUGCAAAGAAUGCUGCUGAUGAUAAACUCCGACAGAGUCUACGAAGGUUUGCAAAUACCCAUGCUGCUCCAGCCACUGUGGUUCUUGUGUCAACUGAUGUCAAUUUUGCAUUGGAACUUAGUGACCUGAGACACAGACAUGGUUUCCACAUAAUUUUGGUCCAUAAAAACCAGGCCUCAGAAGCACUGCUACAUCAUGCUAAUGAACUGAUCAGAUUUGAAGAGUUCAUUUCAGAUUUGCCCCCCAGGUUACCAAUAAAAAUGCCACAGUGCCACACUCUGCUCUAUGUUUAUAACCUACCAGCAAAUAAAGAUGGCAAGAGCAUCAGCAACAGGCUCAGGCGCCUAUCUGAUAAUUGUGGUGGAAAAGUGCUGAGUAUCACGGGCUGCAGUGCAAUUCUCCGCUUCAUAAACCAAGAUAGUGCAGAACGGGCUCAGAAGCGAAUGGAAAAUGAAGAUGUCUUUGGUAAUAGGAUCAUCGUGUCAUUUACUCCAAAAAAUAGAGAACUCUGCGAAGCGAAGAGUUCAAAUACAAUUGCUGAUAAGGUGAAGUCUCCCAAAAAACUUAAGAAUACAAAAUUGUGCCUCAUCAAAGAUGCAGGUGAACAAUCCUCCAGUGCCAAACCCAUGCCUGGAAAAGGGUCACAGGCAAAUUCUGGAUCUGCUACAAAAAACACAAAUGUUAAAAGUUUACAGGAGCUGUGCCACAUGGAGUCAAAGGCUGGUCAUCGUAACAGUGAGCACCAUCACGGUAACAUGAGGCUGGCACCACCUCCACACAGUAACCCAAGCACUGCUGGGCCAACACCAAAAAACUCGGGGAUGGCAGAAUUGCUUUACAAAAGCAACCAGAAAAAAGAGACCCUCAGUUCCCGAAGUAUUACCAGUUCACCUAUAGAGAAAAAAGAUAAAGAAGAGACUGUCUUCCAAGUGAGUUACCCAUCUGCUUUUAGCAAGUUGAUUGCAUCAAGGCAAGUCAGUCCUCUGCUCACAUCUCAGUCUUGGUCUCCUAGCAGGAGUUUGUCUCCAAACCUUUCAAAUAGAGCAUCUCCACUUGCUUUCAACCUUGCCAGUUCCAGCAGUGGAGCUAGCCACCCGGACCCCUUUGCAAAUGGUGCUGACAUCCAGGUCAGCAAUGUAGACUACAGACUGUCCCGCAAGGAGCUGCAGCAGCUGAUCCAGGAGGCAUUUUCCAGGCAUGGCAAGGUGAAGAGUGUUGAGCUCAGUCCCCAUACAGAUUAUCAGCUCAAAGCCAUUGUUCAGAUGGAAAACUUACAAGAAGCAAUUGGUGCAGUGAAUAGCCUCCACAGAUACAAAAUUGGAAACAAGAAGAUCCUGGUCUCACUUGCCACAGGAGCUGCUAAUAAAUCACUCUCUUUACUGAGUGCAGAAACAAUGUCUAUUCUUCAAGAUGCUCCUGCCUGUUGUUUGCCUCUUUUUAAAUUUACAGAUAUCUAUGAAAAAAAGUUUGGACACAAGUUGAAUGUGUCAGAUUUAUAUAAAUUAACAGACACAGUCACAAUCCGUGAACAAGGAAAUGGGCGGCUGGUGUGUCUGUUACCCAGCAGUCAGGCCCGCCAGAGCCCCCUGGGGUCUUCUCAGUCACAUGAUGGCUCAUCCACGAACUGCAGCCCAAUUAUAUUUGAAGAGUUAGAGUAUCAUGAGCCUGUUUGCAGACAGCAUUGUUCUCAUAAGGAUUUCAGUGAACAUGAAUUUGAUCCAGACUCUUACAAGAUUCCUUUUGUGAUUCUUUGUUUGAAGACAUUUGCAUCCCAGGUUCACACUCUUCUCCAGACCCAUGAGGGCACUGUGCCUUUACUAAGCUUUCCUGAUUGCUAUGCUGCAGAGUUUGGUGACCUAGAAUUAGUACAGGAAAAUCAAGGGGGUGUCCCCUUGGAACACUUCAUCACCUGUGUUCCAGAUGUGAACGUUGCCAUUGCUCAGAAUGGUGUCAAAGUAGUGAAGUGGAUCCAUGACAAGCCCCCACCUCCCAACACAGACUCUUGGCUACUUCGCUCUAAAAGUCCUGUAGGUAACCCCCAGCUGAUCCAGUUCAGUAGAGAAGUGAUUGACUUACUGAAGAACCAACCAUCUUGUGUCAUACCAAUUAGUAAUUUCAUCCCAGCUUAUCACCAUCAUUUUGCAAAGCAGUGCCGAGUUUCAGACUAUGGAUAUUCCAAGCUGAUUGAAUUAUUAGAAGCGGUGCCUCAUGUGUUGCAGAUUCUUGGAAUGGGCUCCAAACGUCUGCUGACCCUCACUCACAGAGCCCAGGUGAAGCGCUUUACUCAGGAUUUACUGAAACUUCUCAAAUCCCAGGCUAGCAAACAAGUCAUUGUGAGAGAAUUCUCACAGGCUUAUCAUUGGUGUUUCUCAAAGGACUGGGAUGUCACUGAGUACGGUGUUUGCGAAUUGAUUGAUAUCUUAUCAGAGAUUCCAGACACAACCAUCUGCUUGUCCCAACAAGAUAAGGACAUGGUGAUUUGUAUCCCCAAAAGAGAACGUACUCAGGAUGAAAUAGAAAGAACAAAACAGUUCUCCAAGGAUGUUGUUGAUUUGUUACGUCACCAACCCCACUUCCGGAUGCCCUUUAAUAAAUUUAUUCCAUCUUACCAUCACCACUUUGGCCGGCAGUGCAAACUUGCAUACUAUGGGUUUACCAAACUACUUGAACUUUUUGAAGCCAUACCUGAUAUUUUACAAGUAUUAGAAUGUGGAGAAGAAAAAAUUCUUACUUUGACAGAGGUUGAACGAUUCAAAGCUCUAGCUGCUCAGUUUGUUAAACUUCUUCGAUCCCAAAAAGAUAACUGCCUUAUGAUGGCAGAUUUGCUUACAGAAUAUGCUAGAACUUUUGGUUACACGUUUCGUCUCCAGGACUAUGAUGUCAGUUCAGUUUCAGCUCUGACACAGAAACUCUGCCAUGUUGUAAAGGUUGCAGAUAUAGAAUCUGGCAAACAGAUUCAGCUGAUCAAUCGAAAGUCUCUGCGGUCUCUCACUGCCCAGUUGCUGGUACUGCUGAUGUCUUGGGAAGGAACCACCUGUCUUUCUGUGGAUGAACUCAAGAGACAUUAUGAAACUACCCAUAGUUCUCCUCUUAACCCCUGUGAAUAUGGAUUCAUGACCUUGACUGAACUUCUGAAGAGUCUGCCUUACUUAGUUGAGGUUUUUACUAAUGAUAAGACAGAAGAGUGUGUGAAGCUCACAAGUCUGUAUUUAUUUGCAAAGAAUGUGCGGUCUUUACUUCAUACUUACCACUACCAGCAGAUUUUCCUCCAUGAAUUCCCCGUGGCCUAUACCAAGUAUGUUGGAGAAACACUGCAGCCCAAGACAUACGGCUACAAUAGUGUGGAGGAGCUCUUGGGAGCGAUCCCACAGGUGGUCUGGAUAAAAGGACAUGGUCAUAAGAGAAUUGUAGUGUUAAAAAAUGACAUGAAAAGCCGGCUGAGUUCACUCGGUCUCUCCCCCACCAGUCGUGAAAACUACCCUGCAGACAGUGAGCAAAUCCUGGAGGUGCCUGAAUUGCACAUGGCCUCAGAACCCCAGCUUGGAGCAGGUUCUAGUGAAAUGGAUCAAGAGCUUCUCCGCCUGGCCAGCAGUUCCCCUGUUGACCUGCUGUGUGCGCCUGUCCCUUCAUGCCUGCCGUCCCCUCAGCUGAGACCAGAUCCUGUUAUCCUGCAGUCCACUGAUCUAAUUCAGUUUGAGGAACGCCCUCAAGAGCCAUCUGAAAAUAAGAUUUUAAACCAAGAAGAAAAUACUGAAAUUUCUGUACCAGUAAAGAAGGAAAACCUGCCCUCUGAUUCCAGCUCAUCUUGUGUCCCGGCAGCUUCCCCAGUGCCUCCCUGCCCCACCUCAGAGACCUCUGAGUCGCUGCUCAGCAAGGACCCUGUGGAAAGCCCAGCCAAAAAGCAACCCAAGAAUAGGAUAAAAUUGGCAGCCAACUUUUCCUUUGCACCUAUAACCAAGCUUUAACUUCCAUUUUGAACAUAGAAUUAGAAUGGGGGAAAAAAACUGUCUGAUUCUACACACAAAAAUGGGCUAAAAAAAAAGUCCUUUUCUGAUUCAUUGAACCACCCCGACCCAAAGCCACUUCUUUAGAUGUAUUCCAUAAUGUUGUUUCUUUUACAUUGAAUACAGCUUUUAGCUGAAGUUUUUUCUUCUUUCCUCUUUUUUUUUCAGUUGUUUGAAAAAACUUCUGACAUUUGUCAAAGAACCUUUAAUAUAUUUUACCAAAUUCUUCUUAAUUCUUAAUGCAGCACAGUGGCCUGGAAGAAGUAAGCAGUGACAACUCAUAGCAGGAAGUGAUUUGGCUUCCACUGAGCCGCAUGGGUAGUGUAACCCUACUUAACGGCACAGCAUAACCUGAAAGCCUGAAACCUUUGCUCACUGGAGUUCUGACAGUGUUAAGCAGUUGCGUGAUGUGUCUCUGAAGCGAAGCCUGCUCUGUGGGCCUGGACGUUCACACAUUGAAGAUGAAGGGCGGGUGAGGAAAUGAGCUGUGUUCAGGUUGGAGUAUGAAAGUUCUGGCUUCCCUGUGACUUGUAAGUGUGCCUUGUUUUUUAUUUAACUAUGUCUGUAGUUGACAAAUGUGGCUUCAUCACAAAUCUUUUUAAACAUGUCCAUUUUGGAGUUCCAUUUAGGAGCCUUCUAGAAAGUUGAGGAUGUUUUAUGCUUCCCUUCUACAUUAAGUUCCAGUUUGAUGUGGAUUAGGUUAAGGUAAAGGAGAUGGUCUUGAUAUCAUGAAUUUAAGGUCAGCAUUUGAAUUACAGCACACAUCAUUGUGUGUCAAGAGGCAGUAUUGGAAAGAGUCUGAUUUUCUAAAAUAUGCAUCAAAUGCAUAAAUUAUAAAUCAGAGCUGAGUGGUAAAGUACUUUAACAGGAGCAGAAGUGAUACUAUUUCCACUGGGAAGAGACAAGAAUUCUAUCUAUACAUGCGAAGGCCAAGGUUGUUCAACUGAACCUUGAUUUUGUAAUUUUAAAGCUGUUUUGGUAGCUGGGAAGCUUUUUGUGUAAAGAUACAUGUGUCUUAUGUUAGCUCAGUGUCUUUUAAUAGCAUCUGUUUUUAGUCUUGCUACUUCUUGCUGUUGGAAGCGUGUGUGUAUGUGUGUGUAUUGGGAAAAGCCAGCCUUUGGGGGCACUGCCCUGUGGAAUGUCCUUCUUCUCUGGGUGCCUGAGGCGUCCGCCCAUGGGUGGCCUCUCACCCCUGCUGGAGAAACCUGACAUUUACAAUGGAUUGUAUUUGUUGGGCAAAAAAGGUGGAUUCAUUCAUAGAGCAGAAAAACCUGUUGGCAUAAGGUCUUCCACUAGUUAGAUGGUUUCUUUUGGGGACAUGUUUAUGUUUUGUAAUUUCUAGAAAGCCAAAAAAAUGGACUCUAAUUGUAGCCAGCAUUUUGAUAAAAUGCCACAAAAUAAGGGCUACAGAAAGAUUUUUAUGACUUAGGUUUUUUGUUCCUUGAAUGUUUUAAAUGAAGCCAGUGAUUUCCAGUUCUCAGUGCAUGCCCUAGUCAAGAUGGAACAACUCUGGAAAAUCUUUCUAAAGUAUUAUGGCACUUUGCAAAUCCUUCUGCAGGCAUUUCCGCUACAGACAUAGUAUAAUAGGAAGUAAAAUGUAAAUGUACAAUUUUUUAAAAGAUGCUUUUAAACAACAUGAUAAAGUUGGUGUUGAGAACAUCAGUUGCCUUUUACUGAGACUUCAUAAGGCUAAGUUUGCACGCUUGGACUUCAGUUUUGCUAGCAUGCAGAAAAUUGUAGACUUCAGAAACAUACAAGGCAUCAUUACAAGUCACUUGGAACAGCCUCAAAGAACAGGUUCUUUGGGCAGCAGAUAAAGGUGUCCUGCACUGUCAUGUGAGUGUGUGUUCAUAGCAUUUACUGGAGCUGCCAGUUAGUCUGGGACAUAUGUGUGACUAACAAUUGCUUUUGAAAAUGUGAAAAUACAGCAGAAGCACGUUGUGUUCAUGAUGUUUCCCACAGUGGCCAGUUCAAUUCCUAUCUAUUUUUUUAUCCAGAGGCUUAAUUAAAUGAAGAAUGAUGUAUGUACAUUAUGAUGAUAAAGUACUUUAUUUCUAGAUGGAAAGAUUACCAGCUGAGAUUUAUCUGUUUAAAAAAAGACAAAAGUUAUCACCAAAACCCCCUUUCCCAUCUUGCACUGUUUUUGUUUUUAUUUUUAUUUUUUUGGAUUGGGCUUGGGGGAAGAGAUGUUUUUCUUAACUGUCUUUGUUUGAACACUUUUUUGUGGUUCAAGUGCUGUUUUGUGUGUUGGGACCAAACAGUUGUCAAUAAACUUUACAAGCAAGCAUCAAA